AUGACUUCUUCAUCAGCGGCAGCAUUUCUCCAAGUUCGGAGUGUGGCACGGAGUCACCCAGGCUUCGGAAUUGCGAGUGGAGAUUUCGCAGCAAGUCUUUCGGCAAUUGGAACAGAAGGAAUUGAAACUUUGCCUGCAGAAGCUGCAACUGUAUUCGAGCCCAUUGCACCACCCACAGAAAGUUUGAUUGGAUUUGGAAUUAUUGCCAUCCUUUGCGUUAUCUUGUACAAGGUAUGGUCAGAGCAAGUCGUUCCUGUCUCAAGGACCAAAUUGGCAAUAAGCAAAAGCCGAGGCGAAGUAAAGGAAUAUUUGGAUGAGCUGAAAGCUUCAGAGGAAGAAUUUGAUGGAGUACCGUCGAAUUCAACAGAGAUGCCACCAACAACAGUGGCAACAAAAGAUGAUAGAGGGUUUGAACGAUGGCUCUUCACCGAUUGGCUGAUAGACAACAAAUCAGAACGACAAGCUGGGCGUCAAAAGGAACCCGCCCUUCCCAUCCUGAAAAAUGCUAAAUGGAACUCUGGUGAUAAUCCAGUUCUAGCGGCUACAGCAUUGCUUAGUAUGGGUCUGAUUUUGUCUGCAGUUACAGAAAGAGUUGCAUCAUUCGGCCAUUGA